AUGUCUGAUCAUUUUGGCGGUAGCCGCCUCAAGUACAAUCUUAAUAAACUCAGAGAUACAGAAUCUGUCGAACAUAAGAAGGGAAAUGGUCGUCAUUCACAAGUUACACAAAUGGUAUAUCAUGCACUUGGACAGCAUUUGCACCGAAACGUCGCCAUUACAACAAGGCGAUUUGCUUCACUGACAUAA